UGUUUGGUGCUCAUAUCUUUUGGACAGUCCAGCAAUGUCGAAAUACAAAAUGACCAACCAGUGAUCCAUGCUCAGAAACAAGGCAAUGAUACAAGAACACAAAAUGGGAAAAAAUGCCAGCCUGGUUUACAGACUCCAAUCCCAUCUGGAUUCUUCUUCCAGGAUGUUUGGACUUCCCUCGUGUGUGAUACACGGCAGUUCACCACAACAAACGCAGUGUCUACAUGUCUGAAAGACAAACAGAUCUUGAUGAUGGGAGACUCCACUCUUCGCCAGUGGUUUGAACAUUUGGAGAAAGCUGUGCCAUCAUUGAAACGCCUCAACCUUCACACCUCAGAUAAAUCGGGCCCCUUCGAGUCAGUCGACCUCCAGUCCAACACCCGCAUCAUCUGGCGAGCCCACGGUCUUCCUCUCCGCACCUCCAAGACUCCCUGGGCCGACUUGCACUACAUCGCCAGCGAGCUGGAGGGCUUGGCUGGAGGAAAACACUGUGUGGUCGUUUUCACUAUAUGGGCUCACUUCACUACAUAUCCGGUGGGCGUGUACUUGCACCGCCUCGCUGUUAUCCGCCGAGCGGUGUCGUCCCUGCUGAGGCGGGCGCCCGAUACUCUGGUGCUGAUCAAAUCUGCCAACACCGGCUAUAAAGAUGUGUACGGUAGUGACUGGCUCUCGUGGCAGCUUGAUAAGGCCCUGCGAGUGAUGUUCAGAGACGUUCCUGUUGUCAUCAUUGAUGUUUGGCAAAUGACUUCUUGUCAUUAUUCCCCUGAUAACAUCCACCCGCCCCCUGUCGUCAUUAAGAAUGAGGUCGACCUCUUCCUAUCGUUUGUGUGUUCACAUUGAAAGGAAAAAUAAAGCAGAAAGAACUUUGACAGAAGUCUGUCCAUAAACAUCUUUCAGUAUGUAGGGGUAUACUGACAGACUGUUGGGUAGGAGAUAUGCAGGCUUUCACGGUUGGUUUAGAAAUGCUGUCUAAACCACAGAGCAACAUGUAAAUAAUUUAUCCAAGUAGAUUCUUUAAACUGUGUACCUAUUAUUUACAAAGGCUUCAAAGAUCACAAGCCAAUGAACUCUGACCUUAUCUUUCACUGCUGUUUUAUAGGUAACCAGGGGCUAAUGCCCCACGAGGUGUACAUUAUUAACUAGCCUACUCACUAACAGAGAGUGAGGCCGAUACUGCAAAGCCGAGGUUUGAUAUUUCCAGGCAUGACCGAACGGUUGAGGUCUGAAAGUUGUUUAGUAUAUGGUAUUUUUUAGCUCUUUUCAUUUUGCUAAUGAGAAUAAAUGGUAGGCUAAUUGAAGCUAGCCCUCAA